AUGUCCACCACGUCCAAAGAGUUUUCCGGCUUCGCCGUUCUAGUCGCCGUUGUACUCGCUCUUUUCUCCGGCGCUGCCUUCUGGGCCUGCAGGCCUACCAUGCCCACGGGCCUCUGUGCCAAGAGCCUGGGCCACCUUCUGGCCGCACAGGCGCCAGCGCUUCUGCAGCUUUUCCAGCUUUGGGCCGUGCUCGGCAAGAACCUGGUGAGGCGUGUGCCCGAUGUCUCCGCUGCAGUCAGUGACACCAGUGACAGUCUUGUAUCGUACAUGGAGGUCCUGCAGUUGACGGGUGCAGAGGUGCAAAAUGCCUUCGCCUUGCAGUGCAUCUUCGAUGCUCCGACGGUCCGGACGGCCUUCGCAUUGGCAACGCCGCUGGUGCCUCUCUUGGUGGUGGCUGCCUGCAUGUGCCUCGAGCUCUUCAGCCAUGGGCUGGGAAUCAGCAUGUCUUCAAAGGCUCUGACGAUCCUCUUCGUAGGGGGCGCCUCGGGCGCUGCUCAACUUCUGGAAUGUCAGCACUUGGACGGUGAAGGAAAGGCCAUUCCAGACGACUUGGCCUUUCGACCGCUCUUCCCUCGCUUGAAGUGCAACGCGGACGGCGAGUCGGCCUGGGUUGACUGGGUCGGGUGGGUCAGCGUCUUCGCCUAUGUCAUCGUCGUUCCAUGCCUCAUGGCGCUCCUGUUCGUCAAGCAGCGGGCGGUGAUGAGGAAGGCCAAGACGUUCUUCAUCUCCGGAUCGACAGAGGUGGAGGGAAAGGUGCGCUUAAAGAUACGGAUGGGCAGCGAUGAGAUGGCCUUCGAGGACGCUGUUUUGAAAAAGCGGCUGGUUGCAGCUGCGGCGGCACACGUGGCCGUUCAUAUUCGCGGAGGCGCACGUGUCGAGCUUCACAAGGAUUCAGUGACUGUCAGCACACUGCCGGGGAGCACAUUCGGGUUUGACGCCCUGAGCUUCGCUGGAGUCGGCGACCAGAAAGAAGCGCAUAUCUUGAGCCGGAAUGAUCUCAUGCAAAUGCUGACGGAGCGCACCAUCCUUGAGGAGAGCGCUUUCGACAGAUCGUUGAUGGGUACAAAAGAUCUGCUUUGCAAGUACGCGCAGUGUGACAAGGUCUGGAUGGAGGUGUUGCUGAAAGCAGCUUCUGCGUUGAUGGUCGCUGUGGCUACCAUGAAUUCUCGGUGGCUCGCAGUGGCCGUUGCCCUUACCAUGGCCGCUGUCGUCGCGGUAGCCAGCCCCUUCGCACAGCCGCAGAUCAACGUGCUCCAGUGCCUUUGCUUCUGCAGCUUGGCCUUGGCUGCGGUGGGCUUCACAUGUGAGGGCCUGCUCGGCGUCUGCCUCACGCGCCUGGCGCUUCUGGCCCCAAUGCUUCUGGUGGCUGCGCAGCUGCCCUACCCAGACUCACCGGAGUCCCUGGCGUUGCGCUUGCAGAAGGAGCUGGAAGAGAAGAUCUCGGACCUUACAGCCGGUGAGCCCGUUGAAGUCUGCGCGGAAGAAGUCCGGCUCCUGUAA